UGUCCGAGAGACUCGUCUGCUGUCAUUUCCACUCCAUCUUGAUGAUCCUUGCCUCUCCGCGACCCUAUCGCCCUAUCACCCCUGACCAUCCCAGCCGGGACGGGAGGCAUAGUCAAUUCCCAGAACUCGGAUGCGCGAGUAUCUUGCCUCCCUUUCAGGUACAUCUUGCUUCAGACUGCGACGCGCUCAAGGCAUCCUUUCACAAACCUCCUUUCUAACAAAGACCCCGUUCAAGUCCAUCGCUCCGAAUGUACUGGGGAGAACGAUAUUUUCCCACUGAAGGCAAAGAGCUUACUGGUCAGUAUACUAUCAUCAUGUCGGACAUCAGUGACCCAACAUCAUCAGGCGACGCAUCGACCCUUGAAGGUCGGGUGACUAAUUGGCAAGAUCAACAGUCGGUGACAGAAGAGCCUAUCACGCUGCAAGACACUAUCAAUUCCUUGAAACGAUGGCGUGUGGUUGCAGAGGAGCACUCUCUGCCUGCCACUGCGGAAGCAAGGAUCUUUGUCCGAACACAGAUAUUGAGGUGCAUCGACAACGCUAUUGAAGGUAUUAUAAGGUCUCAUAGAUCUUUUCUCACUGACUGGACCCGAAUCUCAAGGAUGCUGAGCCAAGGUGACCGUCAAAUGGUCAAGCGCAUCCUUGACAAAGAGCAAGCAGUGGAGCUUGAUGAACGUAGCAAGACAUUCAUCGAGGAUUUACUCCCGGAAAGGCGGGACAGACUAGACCUGAGAAAAAGUCUGAACGCUUUUUGGGAAAAUCAAACCAUGCUCAACACAUGGGUAACUGAUGAUUUCUAUACCUCCCAGAAACAGUUCGCGGAUGGCAUGCGAAAGUUGGAGAAUGCAGAUUUUGCUUUUGGGCGAAGGGAAGCGAGCGACGACUACGAUGAUUCUCUGAAGCAAGCCUCCGCCAUUGGGGACACAUCGGAUGCGAAGAGCCAAAAAGCUAGGUUAGUGAGAGAUCGGACUCGGCAACUGGUGAAAUUGUACCGGCAACACAGUCAGGGAAGCUUUGACGAGAGUAUGUCUUAUCUCAACUACACCCUGCUGGAUCUGUCCAAACAUAAUGUCGAUACUCAGAUGGGAUGGAAGUUGGUUCAACUUGUAGACCAUACGGCCCUGGUCGGUGACCCUGAUAGCGAACAGGACACUGAUCUUGGUUGGUCCAUCGGUGAUUGGGGUAUUCAGUCGCUCUCGAAUAUAGGCGUCGAGUUUCGCGAAUUGUACACCACUACAGUCAAUGCGCCAAGAACCGAAGAGGCGACGACGGCCGCGCGUCACGAGCUGGCAAAAGGUAUCUUGGACUCUGUUAAUAGACACGUCCAGAAUCCGGAUUCGGAUACACCUACAGGUCUUCCAAACCCUGGCGAUUACGAGACGCUGGUACUCCGAUUGGAAGGAGUGAUCACCAAAGCCAAAGCAACAUUCCCAGACGGCUCCAUCAUGUGGUCAGCUCCGAAUUUCGUGGAUCAAAUCGGUUUAGCAGGAGUGGAGGGUGCCGAGGACUGGGUACCAAUGGAGUAGAUCCCAUAUAAUGGUGAGAUGUCACUCGCCACGCCCUUUCUACUGUAGCCUCAUAUUCCUCGGUCUUGCCGAGCUAGACUCCGGAGACUCAAGCAUAUCUACUGCCUACCAGACCUUACUAUCGUGGGCGCAUGUCUGGUGGUCGCUGCACUCACUCCUUUCUACUGCCACGCCUGCCGGAUGAUCAUCAUGAUGAUGCGUUUCUUAGCUCAACGGCUCCAAAACUGACCAAGUGGCGUGGUCACUUGGGGUCGCAUGCCAAAGUACCUCUACUGAGGCCGCAAGCGUGGCAUGUUCAUUUGGAAACGAUGAUCCAGGCUUUCAGACUCCUU